AUGCUUGUGGCAGGGACCAGCAAACAGCACCGCAACAUGAGAGCCGAAGCUGAGCGUGACGGCGCUGAUCUGAAACGUCCACUGAACAGCUCUAUGGCGUUCCGGAAGUACUACGGUGCAUCGAUUGCUCCGCUCACUCAAGAGGGCAUUUCCAAUAUGGUCAACCAGGGAUGA